GAGUCUCAACCCCAGCAGCCAACAUCGCUAGGAUUACCUUAGUCAAAUCAAAGGAAUCCGGCUACUCUCCAUCAAACACAUCAAAAUGUCUUCAAAGCCUACCAACCAGUCCUCUCCGGAGUUUACCUCCUACUACCUUCAACGCGCAACACAAGAGCUCUCAGAGGACCUUGACAAAGUUCGCAACGCGGAGGACUUCAAGGCCGAUUCCAUCCCUUUCCUUGUUCACGCUCUGCAACAGGGUGCGGGCCUUUUCUCUCCUGAGGACCAGAAGAGAGUGGUUGCUGCACCAAAGGCCAAGGACGGGGAUGCUGAGCAGACUGUAUAUACGCAGUCCAGAUCAUUUCAGUCUACUACGUGAACGCACGACAGCAUUUCAGAUCCGCUCGUUUGCAACCUGUGGAUUAGUGAAAGCCAUUCUUCACCACUUCCCACGAGACAAGGAUAUGUCAAAUCACAAGGAUGGCGUUUUUCUUGGCAGACAGAAAGCUGUUCUAUCGACACCAAGAACGCUUGACACUGCACCCCAAUACGCCACAGCGUAUGUAUCAACCCAGUGAAAAGGGGAAAGUCAGAUUCAGAAAUUAGGUCAAUUAGCGGCCGUUACUUCAUAAGGGUAUCUCAAAGCAGAGUCAACACUACAUCAAGCGCGCAAUACAAUCAAUCUAUAUAUACGUCUGUCUCCCACCCGUGCCGAAGUACGGCAGUAUGUCAUUCCUUCAUCAGUAUGUCCAUAUGUACGGUCUAGUUCGAGUUACGGCGUCGUUCGAGUCGGAC